CCCAGAAUAUCUAACCUAGCUACAUGUAGCUUGCCAGUUGGUAAAUGAUUUAUUGAUCACAUCUGUUGGCUAACUUCACAUCAAAGAGCACUGAAUGCUCAACAACAUUCUGAAAGUGCUCCUGCUGGGAGCUGCUUGCUGCACCCUGGCAGUGAGAGGUAGCCACUUCAGAGGAGCCAUUAUCAUGGUCAGGCCACAGCCAGGAGGAGCAGAGAAUGAAAUGGAGAUAACCUACCGUGUUUCUUGGAGGAGGAACUCUGGAGGUGGUGGCAGCUGUAGCGCCACUACAGUUAAUCAAGAAACUUUGCUGUCUGGUGAAGGCUCUCUAACUUGCAGUAGUGGUUGCAGAGGCACUAUUACAUCAUUGUCCUACGUUUGUACUGACUUCAGUAUAGUCGAAAACUGGUCGUUUGGAGAAAAUCGUGUUGUGUAUACAUUUCCAGGCACUAGUACCUCUGUUACAAUAGGAUUUUCAGGGAAUGCAUGGAUAGCACCGUUCAGUAGUAGAUGGAAUGUACCAACAACCUUUUCCCUAACAAGGAGGAACGAUACUGGGCGUAUCAACUCGACACCACGUGCCAUUACUUCACCGGUGAUUCGUUUGCAAGAAGGUUGCAACCAUACACUGCCAAUAGCUGUUAGCGACCCAGAUGGUGACAUUGUCAGGUGCCGAUGGGGAAUUGGUAGUGAGUGUGGUGGUAUUUGUAAUAGAUUCCCUGGGGCAAUUCUUGAUUCAUCCACCUGCACAUUCACUUAUGAAGCGAAUAGAAGAAACGGUUUUAAUGCUGCAGCAAUAGUUAUUGAAGAUUUUAUUCCAGGUUCUCUGGAACCACUAAGUUCUGUAGCUCUUCAAUUCUUGAUAUUUGUUUUUGCUUCAACUGAGUCUUGUUCCCGCCAACCACAGUUCAUUCCACCCACAAUCAUUGGAGGAUCAUGUGUGGCAAUCCCUAGCGGGACAAGCUUCUUCACUCAGAUAAUUGCCAAUAGUGGUGGAGCAAGUGCUUCGAUUACGGAGCUCCAAACUACGUCCCCACUUGGACUUCGCAGAAGUGAGAUACAACGUAUACAAGAAACAGACAACUACUUUGUUAAUAUAACAUGGACUCCACAAGCCAAUCAAGAGAAUCAAACUCACCUGUUCUGUUAUACGGCAGUUAAUUCUGGUGGCCUCACUAAUGAGCAAAAUUGCAUACAGUUUCUGGUUGGAACUUUUCCACCUCAGUCACUUCUAAAUUCAGCAUUCCCAAAUCAAGCACUAGUACAUCCCCUUCACACAACAUGGACUGUUUCAUUUGAUCAAGAAAUUCGACGUCCAUCUAUAGCUGCAUCAGUACGAUUCUUUGAUAAUACAACAAGGCAACAAGUGUACCAUAUAGAUGGAUCUUUUUCUCCUGAGAUAAGCUUCAACAACAGUGAAGUCUUUAUCUCCCCAGCAUUCAGAUUCCCAGAAAAAGCAUACUACUUCAUCACUCUAGACAGAGGAAUUGUGCGAGGCCUGGAAGAUUGUGGGCCUGGAAAUGAGCCAAUCACUGAUAAAUCCUUCUGGACUUUUGAAACCAUGGACAUCACUCCUCCUGUUAUCACCUUUGUGAACAAUCCAUCAAGAACCAAUGAAAACAUCACAAUAGACUGGAUGAGCAAUGAAGAAGUGACCUGGACUUGUGUUGUUGUAUUUGAAACUGAAAACAGCCCUGUUAACUGCUCACAAGCAUCAUGGAAUGGUGAGGAUUUGAGGGGAGGCUCAUACAGGAUUGAGAUUGCAGCAACUGAUUUAGCAGGCAAUGCUGCUACUAUAUCACACAACUUCAUUGUUGAUUUAACACCACCAGUUGCAUUUAUCAACCAAAGACCCGCAUUAGUUUCUAAUCAACUGUCAUCAAGACUGACGUUCAGCUGUAAUGAGAUCUGCACAUUUGGCUGUCUAUUGUUUGAAUUCAACAGUUCACGAGGAAAUAUUGUCUCUUGUAACCAACGAUUUUUUUCCACUUCAAUUCUCGAGCACAACAAAUCAUACGUCUUUGUAGUAAUACCCACUGAUGACGUUGGCAAUCGAGGACAGGAAUUUUCAUAUACGUGGGAAACUGAUUAUGAAAAUCCACGAAUAGCAAACCUCUCCAACACAAGUACUCUUUGCUCUGAAGUAAGUCCUGAUGUAACUGGACGACCUACAGCUUUUGAUAAUCGACCUGAACCAGUUUCAAUUAGGUAUCAAGACUUGAAUCUAGGAUGCUAUAUUCAGCGAACCUGGACUGCAACCGAUGUAGCUGGAAACAUAGACCAUUCUGUGCAAUUUGUUGCUCUUGAAUAUUCACUUAGCAUUUCAUUUGUUCCAGUUUUGGCAUUCUCGUGUGACAGUACUAUGGGCACAUUUAACAUACCAGCAUCUACUGCAUCUGCUCCAAAUCCUUGUCGGAUCCCUCUUGAUUUAACGUUUACUGAUUCUGUUUCUGAAUUUACAUGCCCUGGUGAAUUUACUCGAAACUGGACAGCUCACGCUUGUGGCAGUGUUGCCGAAGCUGUACAGACCAUCAGAUUUUUCGACACCUGUCCACCCAACGCCUGUGGUCGUAAUGAAUUCCCACCGAGAGGAACUUGCUCGUUCGGCCAAUGCAGCUGUACUAGGCCGUGGUCUGGGAGCAAUUGCAGUGUGCAAAUAUUUGAACCUGAGAUUGGCACUAUAAACGACACAGUACUUGAAGAAGCUGAACCUUACAUAUUAAAUAUUCCUCUAUUACAAGGAACUACUCCACUUUCAUGGACUUUGAUAUCUUCACCUGACAGACUUCGUCUGAACGAGAACAUGCAACAGAUUGCAUGGGCGAGAGCACGAGCUGGAAAUCACACUGUAUCUGUGAGCAUUGAGAAUGAAGUUGGUAUAAUUGUUGUUACUUGGACUCUUGUUGUUAGACCAGGAUAUACUGCUACUUUGGACCCUGUCACACUAAACACAUACCCAAGAGCUCAGCCUGUCACUCUGACAGGUAGAAUAGAGUACUUUGAAGGCAAUCAAGUCCGUGAUUUCUUAGCUGGAAUUGUACCAGUAAGCAUCGACAUAAGACGAGGCGCUACCACUCAAACACUCACUGCAUUCUCACUAACUGAUGGAACUUUCUCCACUGUUUUCAAUCCAGCACCUACGGAAUAUGGCUCUUACACUGCUCAAGUUCGACAUCCACAAUUGCCACUAAUGAGUGAGUCUGUGAGCUGGCUAUUUCUUGGGUUUAGACUUAUACCUUCCUCCAUAUCAUUAUCUGGUGAAACUUUGAGCGAUUUCCAAGAGACGUUCCACAACACAACAAUGAUUUGUAAUGACGGACCAGCAGAUUUGACGAGACUACACACGACAACCAGCAUUCCCACUACAGAGGAUCUUCAAGUUGAAGUUUUUCUCAAGCAAGAUCCCCCAACUAGAAACAUCAAAACUGGAGAAUGCAUUUUUAUUGACAUUACUGCUACUAGCAGUCGAGCUCUUCGAAGGUUGUUUGUCGUUCGAUUUGAAACUGAUGAAGGUGCAUCAACAUCAGUUUUAAUAAACCUCCGAAUUCAGCAAAUACUACCAAGGUUUUUGAUAUCUCCCUCACAAAUAUCCGCUCGAAUCAUUCAAGGAAAAUCUAUUAUUUUCCAGUUUAACAUUACCAAUGUUGGACGAGCCACAGCACUAAAUGUUCAACCGAUACUUCCCAACAGCCCCAUUUUCUCAUUCAUUGGACUUGGAAACAAUGACAGGAGGUACGGUAACAGACAAUUUGACCUUAAGAGUGAAGAAUCAGCUUCCUUAUCUAUCCAAGCCAUGGUCAAUGACAACAUGCCUCUAGGCAAGAUCAGUGCUUCGUUCUACGUAGUCAGUAAUGAAGCGUCUCAGCAGAUUCCAGUAUCACUUACUGUGUCUUCAGAUACACUAAUGAACUUGACAAUUGUCAUUGAAGACGAAUAUACGUACUUUGCUAGUGGUGAGCCACUUGUUAGUGAUGCUGUUGUGACUAUCAUCAACUAUCAACAAAAUAUUAGAACCACUGUCACUACAGAGGAAAGAGUUGGAAGUGCUCUCUUUGUCAAUAUCUUUGAGGAUCGCUACGAAGUCUUUAUCGAAGCUCCUGAUCACAGGUCUCUACAUCAAGUAGUGAUCACAACAAUCGAUAACCCUACUUUGACUUUCUUUCUCGAGAGACAAGCAGUCACAUAUACUUGGAGUGUUACACCAGUAGCUUUUGAAGACACGUAUGUGAUCACUCUUGAAGCUGAUUUUGAAACCAAUGUGCCGAUUCCUGUUGUCACAGUUUCUCCAACUGAAUUUGACCUUGAAGAACUUGAGCUCGGAUUUGUAGACUACAUUCAACUGAACGUCACAAAUCAUGGAUUAAUUCGAGCUAAUGAUGUGAACAUAAAUCUACCCACAGACCAUCCUUUCCUUGAAUUCACUAUUGAUAGUGACUUCCUUGGAAAUCUCGAAGCUCUAUCAUCAGUGACAGCAGUUGUUCAUGUCGCAAGAAAAAAUAUCGAUAAAAGAGCACUUGUCACAACUGUUAUAUGGGUUAUUUACAUUAUCAACAUUGCAUAUAGCUAUGUUUGUGGAGAUUUACAGUUACGAAAUAUUCCAGUUGUCCUAAGGAGACCCGAAACAGUAAUAUCUGAAGUAAGACCUCCAAUAUUCACAUGUAAUGGCUGUGGUGGCACAGGACCUGGUGGAGGCAGUAUCGGGCCUCUAUUCUCAUUCAGCGGUUACUCUGCUAGCACGCCUGCAUUUUGCAAUGACUGCUUGCAGAAUUUGAUUGGUUGUCUUCCCACACCCAAUUUUCCUCUUGUUGGCUGUAUUCCAAUGAUUGUCAGUGGUUCCGGUAUCAAUGGGCCUAUUGACAUUGUGAAAUGGAUAAACUGCCUCAUUCCUGGGAACUGGGUACGCAGUGGACGUGCUAAACAAGCCAAAGAAGGCUUGGACGGCAGUCUCUGUAUCUAUGAUGUUUAUGAUGCUUGCUUCUCGGGUUCUUCUGGAGGCUCCUCAAGGAAAAAGAGGCAAACUUUAUUAAGCACUGUCAACGACCAUCUCGAGUCAAUGUAUCCGAUAGAUUUAAGUUUAGACCUUGCGGUAGAGAUUUUCGGUAAUGACAUGUGGCUCUCUGUAGGUGACCCAGGAUGGGUGUCACAAGUUCUUGAACCGGUAUUCGAUGAUGCUAGCGAUGGUGGAGUGUUGAUAUCAUUUGCAGAAAGGUUAGCUAUUCUUUCGGUCCCACCACCUGGCAGCACUACCAUUGAAGAUGUGGAGAAUCUUUUGAAUCGUCUCAAUAAUACUCUGAGUGGAUGGAACAGUGGUCAACUGGAGUCUAUCAACGGAUCCAACAUAGCAUCGUACUCAUUUGUUGAAUCACGAACGAACGACAUCAACCGAUAUAAUGAGAUUGCAGUCAAUAAAGGAUUCUCUUCUUAUUUAGACGCUUACACAUUUUCAGCCAACGAAAUAAACCAGCUUGAACAGUGGGAGGAAGAAGAAGGAAUAUGUGCCAUCGUUAGAAUUCGAAUUGAGCAAGAGCUUGCGAUUACUCGAGAAGCAUUCCUGGCUAGAUUAGAGAUAGAAAAUCAAGAGGAUGUAAAUCUUGCGCAAAUGACACUGGAAAUUAUUAUCACGGACUCGAGUGAUGGAAGUGUCUCUACUACCGUGUUUUCAAUCAGUAACGAGACUUUGGGUGGUUCCUUAGUGAGAAGUGGAGACACCUGGACGUUGAUGAGUGGAGGGUCAGGCUCAGUUGAGUGGUUGAUAGUGCCUUUGUCCGAAGCUGCCCCGGAAUCUGAUCGAGUGUAUGGUGUGGGGGGUACUCUUAGGUACUCUUUUGAGAAUGAGAACAUAACCAUUCCACUUCUUCCUACACUUAUCACUGUCACUCCUGAUCCAUCGCUGCUUGUGCACUAUUUUUGGGAGAGAGUUAUAGUUGCCGAUGAUCCCUUCACUGAAGAAGUUGAACCAUCUAUUCCAUUUACACUCGGAGUUAUUGUCAAAAAUGCUGGCUAUGGAGCUGCUAGCAGUCUAACGCUGUCUUCCGGACAGCCGGAGAUUAUAGAAAACAAAAAAGGAUUGCUAAUCAACUUCAUGAUAAUCGGGGCCAACAUUGGAAAUAAUAGUAUUACACCAUCAUUGUCUCUCACACUGGGAGAUCUAGCUGCUCAGAGCACAGUUGUUGUGAGGUGGUUUAUGAUUUCCAGUUUGCAAGGAGAAUUCAGAAACUUCUCUGCAACUUUUCAGAACAUAAAUCCUCUUGGAGAUCCGAGACUCUCUAUUUUAGAUGAGCUCCAAAUUCAUGAACUUGUUCGAAAUGUGAAGAUAUACUCCGAAAAUGACGAUGAUGAAAUUUUGGACUUUCUGGUGAAUGAGCGAAGAGAUAUUGGAGCUUUCCCUGACAGUCUUUACGACAGCAAGACACUCAUUAGAUACAACGUGAGUAGAGGAGCUGUGCUUUCUGUCCAACCACUGUCCAGCUCUGCAGCUUCUCUAGGAGUGAGUACAACUGCAAAUGAAACAGGUUGGAUUUACUAUCGAUAUACAGAUGUAGAUGGAUUAUUGAGUCAAACUGCUCUCACAUUGAACACAGCAAAGCUAACAACAACAGGAUAUGUCCAAAUCCCUCCGGAGAAUUCCUGGAUUACUCUAGUAGACGAAACACUUGUUCUACACAUCCUAGACUUUGUUGAAUCACUUGAUUAUAUGCUGAGUUUUACAGUGACAGUUUGCACAUCUAAUUGCACUACCACGGCCAUACCUUUCAUUCGUCCUACUGGCACACCUCCCCCUACUACUACCAUGAAAAGCACAACGAAGGAUGUCUCCAUGACUCAAAGUGAAGAAACCACCACCACUGAAUCUGGCGCUCUUUCAUUGGUUGCCUCAAUGUUGCCACUGCUCGUGGUAACCUCUCUACUAUUUGCAAGCUUUGCAGCAAAUUUGUAAUAUUAUAUUAUAGCUGUUGUUGAACAAGAGAGAAAAUAUUACGUUUAAGAUUAUAUGUUUUAUUGAUAAUUUUUGUUGUAGUUGGCUGACUGUUUUGUGCAAAGUUUUUUCAGUGUAAGUUUAUUUUCACAUUGAAGUAAAAAUAAUACUGAUUCAUAAUUAUUAUAGUUA